AUGUGUCUCGAUACUGUGGAAGAGUUGGAGAGAGAGAACGAGGCUCUAAAGAAGGAGAGGGACGCCUUGUCAGAGCGUAAUCGCGGGCUCGAGGGAGCGAAUCAAAAGUUGCUGAACGACCAACAUCGGAUGAGACAGCAGCUUUCCGAGAUGAAGGACAUGGAACAAUUGUUGGGGGAAGUACGGGACACAGUCGCUAGCUGGCAACAGCGGCUCCAAGGCACUGUAGAUCCGCCCAACAACGUCAAUCGUGCUCCCAUGUCCACGACCCUACAUGCGGCGACAUCGGUGCCCGGCAUGUGGGACACUCAGGAGGAAGGAGUGGGGGUUUUCAACGACGGCGAUAUCGUACCAGACGGAAAUAACUUCACGCAUCUUUUCCAAUUCUAA